UGCGCGUGCGUCGUACUGUCACUGGUGAGCCGCCUGCCAGACAGCUGCAGCCAGCUCGCAGCAUGUGGACCCGUAGUGCAGAGAGGAAUACCGGGGCUAGCAUUACAGGGGGAGCGUCCGUUUGACCAGCAGCGAGUUCAGCGACAAUAGUCGACAGUCAGUCAGGGGACAACAAGCCUUCAGCUCAGAGACGGUGUUUAUUGGCUCCCCUGGAACAGAGAGGGAGAUAAUGAGAAUAGAGGAUAUUGUUUCUACUUGUAGGUAACAGAGCAGCAGCAGAAGAAGGGAAGUCACUCAGAAAGAUUCUGACAUGAAGAAGGACAUAGAGACAUUGAUAGCAGAGGAACGCGCUGAAAUCAUCUCUAAAUAUGACAAGGGCAGGCAGGAGGGGGUCAAAAUUGACCCAUGGGAGGAUGCUGACUACAACCUCUAUAAGGUUACUGACCGUUUCGGCUUCCUGCAUGAGGAAGCGCUGCCAACGCCCAGUGCGCUUGAAGAGAAGCAAAAGCACCUUGAGAUCGAGCGAGUGGAGAAAUGGCUGAAGAUGGUGAAGAAGUGGGACAAGUACAGGAACAGUGAAAAGUUGGUGAAGCGUGUGUAUAAAGGCAUCCCUCUGCAGCUGAGAGGCCAGGCCUGGGCCUUGCUUUUGGACAUAGACAAAGUCAAAGAAGAGAACAACGGAAAAUACGAGAGAAUGAAGCUGCAGGCUCGUAGCUUCUCCACAGAGAUCAAACAGAUCGACUUGGACGUCAACAGAACCUUCAGGAACCACAUCAUGUUCAUGGACCGCUUUGGAGUCAAGCAGCAGGCACUGUUUCACGUACUAGCAGCUUACUCUGUCUACAACACGGAGGUGAGCUACUGCCAGGGGAUGAGUCAGAUCGCUGCCAUCCUGCUCAUGUACCUGAAUGAGGAAGAGGCCUUCUGGGCUCUGUCCCAGCUCCUCACCAACAGCAAGCACGCCAUGCACGGGUUCUUCAUCCCGGGAUUUCCCAAGCUGCACCGUUUCCAGGCCCACCAUGAGCUCAUCCUCUCCAAAAUGCUGCCAAAGCUGAAGAAACACCUGGACAAGGAGCAGAUGACAACAGGGAUUUACACCACCAAAUGGUUUCUGCAGUGCUUCAUUGACAGAACCCCUUUCACCCUCACCCUGCGUUUAUGGGACAUCUACAUAAUGGAAGGGGAGAAGAUGCUAACCGCCAUGGCUUAUACAACCCUCAAGUUACACAAGAAGCGCCUGCAGAAGUUUCCGUUAGAGGACCUGAGGGAGUUUCUCCAGGAGCAGGUGGCUGUUUCUUUCUUCCUGCCUGAUGACGUGGUGGCUGAACAGUUACAGGCUUCUAUGUCUGAGCUUCGCAGUAAAAAGCUGGACCAACCUCCUCCAGCUAAGUCAGAGGAGCUGCCAAAGACACCCCUGGGUCUAGAGAGACCAGUUCUCCUCCUGCCUCUGCAGCCCGAGUCUCCUCUGGAGGUCAAAAUAAACCUGCAGCCCCACAGCCAGCCCGACACAGAGGCCCAACAAACGGACAGCAUCACCCUACACCAGACCCCUUCUCCUGCAGAGCCGCAGGACUCGAGAACACCUCCUCUGCCUUCACCUGACCCAGUUGUAGUCCACACACAAGGAACACCUUCUCCUUUAAGGCCGUCCAGAGCACCUCCGUUACCUCCGAAAGCAGAGAAACCCUGUGCCGAGGACGGGUUGGACCGAGAUGUGAAGGAGUCGCUUCCAGAAGUUAACCAGACCGAGGAAAAACCGGAGAGCAAGGAAGAGCCUGUGGAUUGGCCUCCACCCUAUGAGCCCCCUCCUUUGGAAGCUCUUGCUGUGCAGACUGAGGAGGAGAUCAUGGACCUUCCAGACCUGCCACCUCCACCUUUAUUUUACACUGAGACCCAGCGGCGCUCUCCUUCCCCCCGCUCAGCCUCACCACUGGUCACUCAAAUGAAGCUAACUCCAAAACCAUGCCCAAAACCACCCAUGUCUCUUGCCCCCACACAGAAAAAACCUCCUCCUCCCUCAAAGCCUUCCCCUCCUCCCCGUGUUUCCAGCACAUCCUCCUCCUCCUCCUCCUCCUCCUUCUCUCCCAGACUUCCUCCCCAAAAGCCGACCAAGUUCCCAGUCUCUCUCUACGUUCCGGUGAACGCAGGAGACCGGCGGCCCUCCAACACCUCCCAGUAUGACAACCUUUCUGAGGCUGACGAAGACGACCGCCACCUGGAGAGGCUGCUGGGCUCCACGCCCGAAGAAACUCCCAGCAUGCACGGCAUUCCCCCACACGCCACUGUCAGGGACUACGACCCCGCUCUCUACCCUGUGCCUCCACCUCCUGUGUUCAUUCCUCCUUCGCCUUCUCCUACUCCUCCCUCGCUGUGCGCUCUCCCCAGUUUGCCUCAGGAGCCAGAAUAUGAAGUAGAGGACAGCUGGGUGGAGGACUCCAUCAUCCCCCCUCCUCCGGCUAGUUUUGCUGACAGACUUAGUACCUUCCAGUGUGGCGCUGCCAGCUGUUCAGACACACACAGAGCCACCUCGCCCGGCUACUCUAAGCCUUUCUCUCGGGGCCCCAGGCACCAUUCUGCUUUCCCAGCACCGCUGUUGUACACCGGGUCACCCCCAGGCCACUCCAGGCCCUCAGGACAGUCGGCAGUAGGGGUGCCGUUGGUCCGAUCCAGCCCAGACUUUUGCAGGAUGCCUCCAGGUGGACAGCAACUACCCAAAUCGGUGACCUUUUGAAGUGUCCAAGUAUCAUUCAAGUGUUACUGAUUAUGCCAAUAUGAUUCAAACUCUCUGUUAAUGCUUGAUUUAGUUUUCAAAGCCAUUUAAGAGGUCAAAGGCCAGUAGCUAUUCAGUGUGUCAAAGAUUUGUGUGUAUGUGUGUGAAAGGACUUUUUUUUCAUUGAUAUGUACAGAUUUAUGUGAUACAUGCACCUUUUUUUUGUAAGGGCAGUUAACUUUUCUAAGUGUCAAACUUGUAUUUAAAAACUGCUGUUACCGUUUGAUGCACAAAAAGCGAGCAUUAUAACUCUUGUCAGUGUGCGUGAGACCAGAUUUGAUCUUCCAUUUCACAGAAAUAAGAUGAUCUAAUACCAGCUGAGUGUCCCACGGUUGCUUCAUCUCCAGUUAGUUUCCAUUUCGUUCCAACAAAAGUGUCUUAAACCUGAUCGCAGUGCACUGAGGCUAGCAAACGCUAGCGCAAGGGCUUUUUGAAGGGCUUCAGAGUAAGGUCAUCUUUGCUUAAGCACCCCAAAGCCUAUACAUUUACACUGCAUGUAUGGUUUAACUGUGAGCAGGCUCACACAUCAUCUUUAACAGUAUUUCAAACUGUAAUGAGUAACCAUUGAUAUAACAGUUUAUUUACUGUAUCUUAAGGUCAAUACUUGAUAACAAAGGGGCCACUGUUGCACCAAAGCAGUUUACAUGCAAACUUUUAAAAGAAUCGCUAAAGUUACGACCAUCUGCAACAGGAAACGCAUGGUGCAAUAUGUCACUGGUGUAAAUACAGAAGCUAGUUUCAUUCAUGUGAGGUCAUGGUCAAGUCAUUUUUUUCCCAGGAAGGUAGCAGUGGGUACUUUUUUUUUUUUUUUUUAAAUUGGCUCAUUGGGAUGACCAAUUUCAAAGAAAUGGUUUCAGUGUUAUAUCCGUUUGUCUGACACUUGAUUUCACAGCAAUAAUGUACUGUUUCAUGUAUAUAUACAUGCAUGUAUCAAGGUUAAAUAAGGUGAGACUUAACAGGAGGAUUUCAUGAAAGCAGCACAGAGUUAUAGUAAAAAUCCAUGUCACAAUAUUUAUAAAGAGUAGCUCCAUCUAGUGGUCAGAAGUGUUGACAGUAACUGAUGUCCUUGCAUUUAAGCACACAUAAACAAGAGUACACAGUGACAAGGCUUUUGGGAAGAUUAGUUCUGGCCAUGACAUAAAUGCUACCUAUAAUGCCUAUUUAUGAAUGUGCACAUAGUAAGCUAGACCCCAUAAUUACACUGUUCUAUACUGUCACGGACCGGGGAAAGAAGCAAAGCUGAAUUUAUUCAUAUGCACAGGUAUAUUUUAGAGCCAUUGCAGAGACUGUUAUGUCAUUUAUUUUAAUUGCUCAGAGCAAAAAGUUCUUGGGAAAUGGAAGAUGAGCCAUAACAUACUGUACAAGGACCUAAUAGUCAAACAUGUUUAUAUUGUUUCAUGCAGUUAUAUAUAUUACGUUAUAUACUAUGUCUGUUUUUUGCACUGACCUUUGUCAUUACCAGCAAUUCUCUAUAAGUAUUCAGUUGAUUUCUAAUGGAGUUCCAGGUUACUGCUUAAAAACAUAAUGUUCAUCUUAGGAAGUGAUGUUAACAGAUGUUUGUUCAUGAACUUUGGUCUCGCUGCCGAGAUUCUUCUCUCCCGAGAUCUUGGAUCUCGGCGUGCACACAAGUAUGUUUGGCUUGCUGGAGUAUCUUUUAGUCGUGUGACCUGACCACCAAUUGUACAUCACUGCUCCUUUUUUAUGAAUCUGGCUGACAUCAGUGAUGCCGGGGGCUCAGACCAAAGCUUAUGUACAUUUAUGCAACUACUUAUUUGAGUUUUAUAAAGAGAUAAACCUUA